GUUUGUGCUCGUGAGAAGUGUUUGUUUCUUCUUGUUUUUCUUCUACAAUUUCAAAAUUGACAGGAUGGCUCCCAGUAAGCCGUCCUCUAAAGGCAAGGGAGGCAGCGCAAAAGGCAAAUCGGCCCCGUUAUCCUCCGCAACCAAGGUCUCCAAGAACAAGAAGAAUGUCAAGCGUCCCCCGCCAAAGGAGGUGAAAGGCAAGGCACGCACGGCGCCGGAGCAGCUGAAGAAAAAGAAGAAGCGCGUCUACACGGAGGAAGAGCUUGACCUGCCGAAACUCAAUACGAUUACACCCGUCGGGGUUGUAAAGCCCAAGGGGAAAAAGAAGGGAAAGACAUUCGUCGAUGAUCAGGAGGGUAUGAUGACGAUCCUUGCAAUGGUCAAUGCCGAGCAGGAAGGCCAGAUUGAGUCGAAGAUGAUGCGUGCUCGGCAGCUGGAGGAGAUCCGAGAAGCAAAGAGAAAAGAGGCCGAGGCGAGACAGGCGCAGAAGAAGUCGAAGCUGGAAGAUGCAAAGGCUUCAAUCCGCCAGAAGCGGAAACGUAGGAGCGAUGGCCAUGAUUCCGCCGAACCUGAACCCACCUCUACCGGGUCCAAGUCAAAGGGAAAGAGGAAAAGUGUUUCUUUUGCUUGAGUAUCUAUCGAGCGCCUGUAUAUACCAAUUCUUUGUGUCUAGAUGGGCGGGGUUCCGGGCGUUAAUGUGGUUUAUGUCUCUAUUUCACACAACAUGGUUCUAUGCUCGCUCAUGAACG